CUACUGCAACUUAAACUUUCUGUACGAACGCAGAUCCUUUCUCUCUAUCCAUCUGCUCGCUGAAGAAGCAAAUUAUCUCGGUUUAGAAGAUUGACGGUUUCACACUGUUGUACGGAACUUGUUACUUUGUAACAGAGGAACCUUGGAAGAAGCAGCAACUUUUGUUGCAAAUUAUUGACAAUUGAGUUUUACAUUUGCAAAACAAAGGAUCAUGACUCAAUUCAACAAGGGACCAGUGUACGGCUUGACUGCAGAAUUGAGAAGCAAGAUCGCAGGGAAGUAUGACCUGCAGAAGGAGGAGGAGCUCCGGUUUUGGAUUGAGGAGGUGACGGGCAUGCCCAUUGGAGAGAACUUCCAGAAGGGCCUUAAGGACGGAGUCAUCCUCUGCGAGCUGAUAAACAAACUGCAGCCUGGUUCCAUCAAGAAAAUCAACCACUCCAAACUCAACUGGCACAAGCUGGAAAAUCUGGGGAAUUUCAUCCGAGCCAUUCUGAAGUUUGGCCUUUGUCCCAACGACAUCUUUGAGGCCAAUGACCUGUUUGAGAAUGGGAACAUGACCCAGGUCCAGAGCACACUGCUGUCCCUGGCUGGUGUGGCGAAAACCAAAGGUUCAAACUCCAACUGUGACCUCGGUGUGAAGUAUGCGGACAAGAGGACGCGCCAUUUCGACGAGGAGAAAAUGAAGGCUGGACAAUGUGUCAUUGGACUGCAGAUGGGGACAAAUAAAUGUGCCAGCCAGUCUGGUAUGACAGCGUACGGGACCAGGAGACACUUAUACGACCCAAAGUCACAGACGGACAAGCCCUAUGACCAGACUACCAUCAGUCUGCAGAUGGGAACCAACAAAGGAGCCAGCCAGGCUGGCAUGUCGGCGCCGGGUACCCGCCGUGACAUCUACGACCAGAAGUCGGCAGGACAGACAGCAGACAGCUCCACCAUCUCCCUGCAGAUGGGCACCAACAAGGUGGCAUCCCAGAAGGGAAUGAGCAGCUACGGCCUGGGCAGGCAGAUCUACGACCCCAAGUACUGCACCUCCCCCACGGAGCCCACCUCUCCCGUUACCCUCGGCAACAAUGCCGGUAGCCAUGGCAACGGGAGCCUAGGAACGGGGACCAAUGGAUCGGAGAUUAGUGACAGCGACUACCAGGCGGAGUACCAGUAUCACCAUGACGACGAAGAGGAGUACCGGGGUGGGUACCAACAGCAGUACAGCGGGCACUAUGACGAGGACCAGGGCAUCGACUAUUAGAUUGACAGUGUGUCAAAUGGCACCCUAUUCCCCUCUACAGGGUGUCAUUUUAUAUUUUCCCGUUAGAUUCUGUGGGCCCCAUUUUGGCAGCUAAAAAAAUGUGCGCUUGUUUUGACAACAUCGCUUUUUUUUUGCAUAGUCAAAAAGUCACCCUGUGUAGUAGUAGUCCCAGUUGGCAUAAGUGUAACACAGUGUGUCUGGGAAUAUGUGACGUUAUAGUGGCCUUCUACCGGAAUUGGAGUGGAGAAACAUGUCCAAGUACCUUUAUGGAUCAUAUGAACCAUAGGCCUAUAUAUUUAGUUUGAUACAGUUUUGUGGGACCACUUAUGAUGACGUUUUUUAAACUGAUGCAAAUUGUGUUACUCUGGUAUUACUGUAAUAUAAAGAGUGUUGAGAGAGAGUGAUUUUGUUAUCAACAGAGCAAGAAUUUUACUAUCCUUGCUAGCUUUUUUAAAAACAUGCUUUUUGCCCUAUACAGUUGAAGUCAGAGGUUUACAUACACUUUGGUUGGAGUCAUUAAAACUUGUUUUUCAACCACUCCACAAAUUUCUUAUUAACAAACUAUAGUUUUGGCAAGUCGUUUAGGACAUCUACUUUGUGCAUGACGCAAGUAAAUUUUCCAACAAUUGUUUACAGACAGAUUAUUUCACUUAGAAUUCACUGUAUCAAAAUUCCAGUGGGUCAGAAGUUUACAUACACUAAGUUGACUGUGCCUUUAAACAGCUUGGAAAAUUCCUGAAAAUUAUGUCAUGGCUUUAGAAGCUUCUGAUAGGCUAAUUGACAUCAUUUGAGUCAAUUGGAGGUGUACUUGUGGAUGUAUUUCAAGGCACUACCUUCAAACUCAGUGGCUCUUUACUUGACAUCAUGGGAAAAUCAAAAGAAAUCAGCCAAGAUCUCAGAAAAAUACUGUAGACCUCCACAAGUCUGGUUCAUCCUUGGGAGCAAUUUCCAAAUGCCUGAAGUUACCACGUUCAUCUGUACAAACAAUAGUAUGCAAAUAUAAACACCAUGUGACCACGCAGCUGUCAUACCGCUCAGGAAGGAGACGUGUUCUAUCUCCUAGAGAUGAACGUACUUUGGUGCGAAAAGUGCAAAUCAAUCCCAGAACAACAGCAAAGGACCUUGUGAAGAUGCUGGAGGAAACAGGUACAAAAGUAUCUGUAUCCAAAGUAAAACGAGUUCUAUAUCGACAUAACCUGAAAGGCCGCUCAGCAAGGAAGAUGCCACUGCUCCAAAACCGCCAUGAAAAAGCCAGACUACGGUUUGCAACUGCACAUGGGGACAAAGAUCAUACUUUUUGGAGAAAUGUCCUCUGGUCUGAUGAAACAUAAUUAGGACUGUUUGGCCAUAAUGACCAUCAUUAUUUUUGAAGAAUAAAGGGGGAGGCUUGCAUGCCGAAGAACACCAUUCCAACCGUGAAGCAUGGGGGUGGCAGCAUCAUGUUGUGGGGGUGCUUUGCUGCAGGAGGGACUGGUGCACUUCACAAAAUAGAUGGCAUCAUGUGGAAGGAAAAUUAUGUGGAUAUAUUGAAGCAACAUCUCAAGACAUCAGAAGAUGAAAGUUGGUCGCAAAUGGGUCUUCCAAAUGAACAAUGACCCGAAGCAUACUUCCAAAGUUGUGGCAAAAAAAAGGACAACAAAGUCAAAGUAUUGGAGUGGCCAUCACAAAGCUUGACCUCAAUCCUAUAGAAAAUUUGUGGGCAGAACUGAAAAAGCGUGUGCGAGCAAGGAGGCCUACAAUCCUGACUCGGUUACACCAGCUCUGUCAGGAGGAAUGGACCAUGAUUAUUGUGGGAAGCUUGUGGAAGGCUACCCAAAACGUUUGACCCAAGUUAAACAAUUAAAGGCAAUGCUACCAAAUACGAAUUGAGUAUAUGUAAACUUCUGAGCCACUGGGAAUGUGAUGAAAGAAAGAAAAGCUGAAAUAAAUCAUUCUCUGCUUUUAUUCUGACAUUUCACAUUCUUAAAAUAAAGUGGUGAUCCUAACUGACCUAAGACAGGGAAUAUUUCCUAGGAUUAAAUGUCAGGAAUUGUGAAAACUGAGUUUAAAUGUAUUUGGCUAAGGUGUAUGAAAACUUCCGACUUCAACUGUAAGUGAAAUGUUGCCUUAUCUUUCUUGCAUUCCUUUUAAACUCUCAUUAGAAUGUCCAUAUUUUUCAACCAAUCAGAAUAAUGUAAAGAAUGUGCCAUGUCCUUUUCUGUUUUAUGGGUUUUGAAGUUCUCAUUGUUCAGAAACUCAACUAGGAAGUUCUGUGAAAGAAGCAUUCCGUCACAUCAUGUUUACCUACUUCCUUGCUCCUUGUUUUCAAUAUACUCUACUGUUUGUCCUCUAUUUCCUCUCCUUCAAAUCAGAACCACAAGUCUACUGCUCAGUGGUGAUUUUUGGUAAGAGACUUACACUGAGUGUACAAAACAUUAAGAACACCUGCUCUUUCCAUGACAGACUGACCAGGUGAAUCCAGGUGAAGCUAUGAUCCCUUAUUGAUAUCACUUGUUAAAUCCACUUCAAUCAGUGUAGAUGAAGGGGAGGAUAUUGGUUAAAGAAGGAUUUUUAAGCCUGGAGACAAUUGAGACAUGGGUUGUGUGUCAUUCAGAGGGUGAAUGGGCAGACAAAAGAUUUAAGUGUGAUAGGUGCCAAGCGCACCGCUUGUGUCAAGAACUGUAUCACUCAACAGUUUCCCGUGUGUAUCCACCACCCAAAGGACAUCCAUUGAACUUGACACUACCGUGGGAAGCAUUGGUGUCAACAUGGGCCAGCAUCCCUGUGGAACGCUUUCGACACCUUGUAGAGUCAAUGCCUCAACGAAUUGAGGCUGUUCUGAGGGCAAAGGGGGUGAAACUCAUUAUUAGGAAGAUGUUCCUAAUGUUUUGGAUACUCUGUGUACAUUUUCUAUGUCCAUUCUGAUUAAUCAAGCAAUCAUAUUUUAGAGAAGGUUGGCAGGAGAAAAGAUAAAUGCUUCAAGUUAAGAUGUUUAUGACUGUCUGAUCCCAGUUUGACUUGAAAGCACUGGAAUAUUUUUGUAGUUCUGUUUGUAGUUUCUCUGCCUCUUUAACCUUUUACUGCAGUGGGCUAAAUCAGGGUCACAGUGUUUCUUGGUAGUCUUAAACAAAUUACUUUGAAGCAAAAGUAUACACCUCACACACAUGGUCGUGGGCUUAAAAAAAGAAGACACCUGUCAGAUAUAGAGUUGAAAUGUAUUCCAUUAUGAGUUUGAAUCCCAAAAUGACACUUUAUGUACAUCACAGAAGACUGAACUAUAACAGAACCAUUUCAGCGUUUGAAAAGUUAUGCUCAUUAAUUAUGAAAAAUAUGAAUAACAUUGGACCCAUGAGGCCACUAGAGGUGCUUUGGCCAUUCGACUGCAGGAAAGGCUUUUUAAUACUCUAUGAAGAGAAUCUCAAAUGUUAGUUUCUGUCACAUGACCAAACGUAUGGAUUUUUAAAUGUUGUUUUAUAUGCCGUUGAUUCCUUGUGCCAUAAUGCCCCCCCCUCCCUGUGUGUAGAGCCCCAUCCACUGAUGUGGUAUUUAUUGCCAUUUGUCCCUAUAUAGAUAUUUCUUCUAUAGUUUUGAUUCUUUUGUAUCAAUAAAUGUUUGUUUCAUAAAGUCUUA